AUGACGUCUCGAACAUACAUGGGAGAAGCUGGAAACAAUGUUGAUCAGGUUGUUGCUGGUCCCCAUAACAUUGCGCUGGUGAUAGAGAGGAAGAGAGAAGAAAAAAGGAGGAAGGAGCUGGUCAAAGAGGCACGAAACCCAUCUCUCCCACCAGCAGCUCUCAACGAGAUAGCCGUAAAAGCUCAAAAACUGAAAGCUCUCAAGAAGAAAGAGAACAGGCAUGCAAGCCACCAUGCUAGGAAGAGGCCAGGGGCCAAACCCUAA